CGAGGCCGUCAUCAACUCCGUCAGUUUGUUCGAUCCUGAUUCAGUCAGUCAGUCCAUCGAUCCAUCGGUCGAUCAGCCCCUCUGGUCCGGGAUGCGGCUGCCGCUGCUCUUCUUCCUGCUCACCUUGCUGCCAGUUUCCUUGGCUGCUCACGGCCGAUUCGCUCAGAAGCUGAUGAAUGAUUUGUUCGCCAACUACACCAACGCCCUGCGGCCGGUGGAGGACACGGAUCACAUCAUCAACGUCACGCUGCAGAUCACUCUGUCCCAGAUCAUCGACAUGGACGAGCGGAACCAGAUUCUGACCACCUACCUGUGGAUCCGGCAGGUGUGGACGGACGCCUACCUCACCUGGAGGCCGGAGGACUACGACGGCCUCGGCACCAUCCGAAUCCCCAGCAGCUACGUGUGGCGUCCCGACAUCGUCCUGUACAACAGUGCAGACGAUCAGUUCUCCAGCUCCAUGGAGACCAACGUGGUGAUCAAGAACAACGGCCAGGUGGUUUGGGACCAGCCGGCCAUCACCAAGAGCUCGUGCUCCGUCGACGUGGCCUUCUUCCCGUUUGACGUGCAGGAGUGUCGCUUCACCUUCGGCUCCUGGACGCACAACGGGAACCAGAUGGACCUCGUCAACGAGCUGGACAGCGCCGACCUCUCCGACUUCGUCCCCAACGUGGAGUGGGAGGUUCUGGGGAUGCCGGCCAAGAAGAACAUCAUCCUGUACGGCUGCUGCUCGGACCCGUACCCCGACAUCACCUACACCCUGCACCUGAAGAGACGCGCCUCCUUCUACAUCUUCAACCUGCUCAUCCCCUGCAUGAUGAUCUCCUUCCUCGCCCCGCUGGGCUUCUACCUGCCGGCCGACUCGGGCGAGAAGGUGUCGCUGGGCGUCACCGUGCUGCUCGCCCUCACCGUCUUCCAGCUGCUGGUGGCCGAGAGCAUGCCGCCGUCCGAGAGCGUCCCGCUGAUAGGGAAGUACUACAUCGCCACCAUGACGAUGAUCACCGCCUCCACCGCGCUGACCAUCUUCAUCAUGAACAUCCACCACUGCGGCCCGGAGGCCCGUCCCGUCCCGCGCUGGGCCCGCCGCCUCAUCCUGAACCACCUGGCCCGCAUCUGCUUCGUCUACGAAGUCGGCGAGAACUGCCUGGGCGGGGCGUCGGCGGGGAAACGGGCUUCGCUGCAGGAGGAGCCCGAGGCUCCGCUCGCGGGCCACAACAACGCCAGAGGGAUGAACUGGGACGUGAACGGGCAGGCGUGGGCGGGGCGGGGCGGCGAGGACGGGGCGGGGCCGGGGCCGGGUUUCGCCAAGCAGACGGACUGGAAGGAGGAUCUGUUCGUGAGCAUCGACCACUCGGAGGAGGAGGGAGCCGCCGGAGGACGAGGGGCGUCGAGGGGAGGGUACGCCCAGGAAAAGAAAGGUGUGGGAGGAGCCGAGGGAGGGGCGGGGCCAGGCGCAGAAGGAGGCGGAGCAUCGGCAGAGAGGAGGAAGGAGAUCCUGGUGAAGACGCAGUGUUUGUGCCAGCACCAAGGCCUCCGCAGGAACAUCGAGUACAUCGCCAGCUGCUACCAGGACCAGCGGCACACGGCCCGGCUCAUCGGCGAGUGGAGGAAGGUCGCCAAGGUCAUGGACCGCUUCUUCAUGUGGCUCUUCUUCAUCAUGGUCUUCUUCAUGAGCCUGCUCAUCAUGGGGAAGGCCAUCUGAGGCGGCCGCAGGCUUCAAAGCCGCUGCAGUCCAAACGCCACGGGGACGACUGGAGUGAGAACCGUGCAGACUCAGCUGAUAAACGCGUGGAAUCGGCGCCUGUUUUUGAAAGUUGAGUCUACAUGGUUUUCAUCGUCAGCCCGACCUGCUACUGAAUUACACGCUUCGUCCACAGUUUGAUCACCUGAGUCUCACCGUCCCGCAGGUUGGAGGAGGAAGCUGCUCCAGAGGGAAAUCAGUGAACCAACUACCUGCCGGCUGUUUUUUAUUUUAAUUUUUUUUAUUUCUUUUUUAAUUUUAUGCACUAUGGACUCACCCCAAUGAGCUUUUGUUCAAGAUUCAAUUGAAUUACAUUUUGCAUUUUUAUUUAAUAUCCAAACUAUGUCAGUAAUGUCAGAAAAGUGUGAAAUGUGCACAUCUGUUGGUUUGUAUCACCUGUUAGCUCAAGCCUCAUUAGACAGAUAAGACAGGUGAGAUGAGAUCAGGCCCGUCACAUCAUGUGCUCGCUCAAUGCCUUGCUCAUGGCCAGGUACAACAACAGGUGUGUCUGAUCCCGUCUUUUUGUUUUGGACAUGAAGAGGCUGCAGAGCGACUCCAGAGCGACGCUUUGGAAUCGCUUCUGUCCGUUUACGACGCUCAGAAAGACCAAAGAGGCAGGUUUUUAAAGAGAUUAUUGAUUAUUGAUUUGUGAUCUGUAGCCAAAGCAGGACGUCUCUCUCCCAGAGACUACUGCACACACACACACACACACACACACACACAUUAAAGAUUUUAUUUUUGUCACACCUUUUUUACAGUUACAUGUAUUUGUAUUUGUAUCUUUACAUGCAUUUUCUGUCAACUUGAAACGAUGACUUGUAGUGUUUUUCAUUGAUCUGUCAGUGUUCAAUCAGUUUUGCUCACCCAUCACAACACACACACACUCACACACUCACACACUCACACACUCCCACUGCAGGACCUGCAACAUAUAAAAACACUUUCACUGGUUUGAGUUCCUCUGCUCUCUGCUCCACAAAAAUCCAUCAAAAUGAAG